UAGAGAGAGAGAAGAAACUGAAAAGACUCCAGGGGGAUUUCCUCCAAAAGGGAAAGCUUUUCUCCUCCCCCUCUCGAACAAUCUUUCCUUCCCUUCCCUCUCUCUCCCCAGUUCACCCCCCCGAGCUUGCUCGAAGCACUCAAGAGAAAGCCGCAGAGCCCGUGAACAAGGAGACUUCCUGGACAACUUGCUUCUCGUCCUCGCGCCGCAAGAGCACAAAAAUUCAAUGAGGAAACAAGGCGGCUUUUGUCGGUCUUCCGUCAGGACUGCCGCGGGGAUGUACGGAAACAGAUGACAACCUGCCCGCCGGUCCUCUCAACAUGGCCCGUCUCUCAGCGCAGAUCCCGGGGAGCGUCUCUGUGGAGGAUUAUGACCAAAGUUGCUACCUGGUAGAGGAGAAACUUCUGUGAAGAUGAACCCAGAAUCUCUGGACUCGUCCAUCCAGAGUGCCCUCUCGGCCCUCUUCCCACCUUUUGAGGCCACGGCGCCCAUCGUCCUCAGCCAGCUCUUCCGUACCAUCGAGGAACGUUACCACGGCGAUGCCUUGCAGUGCCUACUGGAUUUCCUUAUCCCUUCCAAACACCUGCUGGAAAGUGUACAGCAGGCCGCAUGUGCCGGAUAUUCGGAUGUGGUUUUCCGCUGUGAAGGCUGGCCUCUCUGCCUCCAUGACAAAACAGUGGUCCAGCUAGCACCCGUCAACCCCUUGCUGCUGCGUCCUGGAGACUUUUAUCUCCAGGUGGAACCUUUUGCUGAUCAGGCAGCUCGUAUCGUCCUCAAAACUCUUCUGGAAGCCGGAUGUCGGGAAGUGGAGGAGACCCCGAUCCCCGAGACUUCCUACCCGUGCAUCUUCACUGAAAAUUGGCUGCAGGACAUCAACGAUGGACGCCACGGGACUCCUCUCUCUCGCUGCUUACUUUGCACUGACCAAGGAGUAAUCAAGUUGCCGUGGGCGGAAGUGGCCGUCCCGGAGUUUUUGGACAAGCCAAAGGUGAUGUCCACUUACCAGGAAGUUCCUCCAGAGCCAAAGCUUAUGUCCGUUCCGUGCACUUACGGCGCAUCCACUCUGCCGCUGGAGGCUCGGGUUGUUCCGUUAAAAGAUCGGAUGUCAGCAUCGCUAAGACCCGUGGAUAGUUCGACCAGACUUGUCAGAUUGGACCAUUAUCAAAGAAUCCCCAGAUCCUAUUCUAAACCUCAAAACAAACCUGUGGGGUGGGUGUCCCCGAACACCUGGGAUAGCCGCAACCAUCUGGAAAUCGAAGGUGAUUACGUGGACUUGGUGGAUGUCGCAAAAGGGAAGGAGUUUGUAACCAAACAUGGCAGCCAUUCGAAUCCACCAAAUUCAGUCUUGAUCAAACCCGUCCGACCGCCGCCGCCGCCAUCCACGCAACUGCCGAGCAGCGUUUUCUGCGGCCGCACCCUUCAGUACGCAGAGGAGCCUCGUAUGCCAUGCAGCCAGGAGAAGCUGGGGGAGGACCCCUCGGAGCAAGACAUUAAGUGUCGGUACCGGGAAUCAUACCUAGCGGCGCUGAGAAACCCCGUCCCUUUCGAAAAAGGGAGCGUUGACUACCUAUCGGCACUGGAGGAGGUCGGCCUUUGUGAACAUCUGGAAGAAAACAAUGAACGUGGACAGUUUUGUAACCACUGCGAUACGCCCAUGUCAGGCCAUGACUUCUGCCAAUACGGACGCUGCUGUGAGACAACAACACAAAUUUUCCCCGCAAGCCCUGAAUCAGAGGACAUUCUAAAGGAAUCCCCCGUUAUUUUGACAUCAACACCCGGCUUAAGUUACAGUCAUAAAAUUCAAACCAAACUUCUUUCUCGGUCUGAGCACGUGGAGCGACCCGGGUUACUUUUAGAAUCAUGUGACGAUCCGGACAAGAAGCCACACCAAAAAGUGGAUGUUAUGAAAUCGUCAGGCAAACACAAAUCUAAGGUUAGGUCUCUGUCAACUGUAUCCGACACUCCUCAAGGGAGUCCACUUUUCUACAAACACAACAACAGGAGCCAUAGUGAUAUUUGCCCCGAGACAGUUAGCAGCAUGAUGCAGAGCACGAAAGCUGACCUGCCAGAUGAAACGAUCCCAAAGCUGGAAAAACUGAAAUUCUACAGGAAAGAUUCCCAGCCUGGCGGAAGUGAAACUCCCUCCACUACAAAUGAACCGCACCCGAGACUCCAGAACUCAAAGACAGAAGACAAAUACUCCUCUCAGGUCCCAUCUGGCAGCUCUUUGCCCCCUCCGUCUUCUCCAAGUCUGAAGUCCACUCUCCAAAGCAUCCGCGGUUUGCUUGAACUGUCUAUCAUUUGUUUACCAGGCAGUCGGGACAAGACCGGUCGGGCAGUGGUGGAGGUUUACUGUGACAAGGAGUGGACCUCACCUCCAUUAUCAGCACAGAAUCUCUGCGAGUUACUGCUCUACCUUCACUCCAUUCCCAGGAAAGAUGUUCAAGAACUGGGAAUGACUUUGGUCAUCGAUGCCAGGAAGAAGGCUCCACCGCCUCACCUCUACAAAGCUCUGCUCAUGGCACAGGAGCAAGCACUUCACGCCGUCCACAGUAUAGUAAUGCUGGUGGAUAAAGACACAUGUCCACGCCCUGAAAAGCAGCCUGGUCUGCAGAUGGACAUGGUAACGUCGAUGAAGGCCCUCAACAAAACAGUGGACGUUUCCCAGCUGACCUCAGAACUGGGAGGAACCUUCACCUACAGCCACGCAGAUUGGCUGCAGUUCCAUCAGAGACUGGUUUCUUUCAUAACGGACCUGCAAGAGGCUGACAGUUUGUUACAGAGGGCUAUUACUCAAGUCAAUGAAGGCAACGUCAUGGACACAGCCCAGGAAGUACGUGGAUGCAUUCAGGAACAGAGGGACUUGAUGAAGGAGGUGCUGGAGGACACCCGAUUGGUGACGCUGCAGCGAGAAGGUGGGGCGGUGCUCGCCAGGAUGAGGAGGGAAGAGUUCCGCUUUCCACAGUCUGAAGACUACAGAGAUGCUCUGGAGUCAGUGACACAUCUGUACAACCAGGUGGAGGAGAAGCUCCACGUGCUGGUGAUGAGAUCAAACGAGUCGCUUCAGCAACUGGAGCUCCUUUUCACGCUCAGGGACAUGGAUGCAAAAAUCAAAGAGUCGGCUGUGUGGUUCAGUCAAGAAGGUGAACGCAGACUGAAGGAAUUUGACCAAAAAGAUCAUUUGUACACUGAAGACGUCAUGCAGCAGUUUGACACGUUCCUCCUUCAAGCAAAGGAAAAACAACAGUAUGCCUUGACUCUCGUGACUGAGGCAGAAAAAAAUAUGAGUACAAGUGUGUCCAGUCCAGCGGCAGAUGUUUUUCAGACUCUACUCGGCACCUUCAAGUGCAACGUAGAUGACUUCAUGUCACGUGCGGAGCAGAUGCACAAAGACCGAAACACACUUGUCACAGUGCACCGCUUCUGUGAUCAGGCAUCAGCUUUGGCCAAGGAAUGCAGCCAUUUUUUGGAGCAGGUAGAGCAUGGGUGUUACUUGGCUCAGGCCACUCUCAGCACACUGCAGAUGUAUGAAGAGAGAUUAGGUGAUGAAUUCUCCACCCGGCAUUUCCAGGCCUUGAAAUCUAAGGCCUGUUCUUUAAGAUCAGGUUCCUGCGGGGCGAUGAGCGUGUGGAAUGCGGCGUGGGUGCGCUGCCAAGAAGUCAGGCAGCGUCUUGAGAAGAUGCAGAAGAAGAAGGCGUGCAAAGAUAAGAAGCGAAACCAACAGAGCACAGCCGUAAGCACUUAUGGGGAAGAUGGAGGAAUGGAGAAGAGGACUGAAAUGAGGGAGGCUGAAUGGUCCCUGACCCAACAACCAACCUCUCAAAAGGAUGUAGCUCACAUCCCUGAAAGUGAACACACCACAGCUGCAUUCUUGAAAGGGAAUGAAAAAAGAGAACCUCCAGCUCCGGAGCUUCGACCACAAAAAAAUGGAGAAACUCCAACUGGACCUCACAAUGUUCACUCUCAUUUCGACACAAAAUGGAAACCGAGAGGGCACCACAGUGAGGCUGACCUGAGCAGAACAGCCUCGGUUGAAGCGGACGCAGACAUUUCAUGGCACCGAAUCUUGGGUCGGUCCCUGAGUGAGGGAUCACGAAUAACCACUUUUACACCGUUUGCAAUUGAUGUUUCACUUUUUAAUGUAAAAGAACCCGUCUAUCAGAGGAAUAAGGUACCACUGACACAAAAGUCAGAGCCUCUCCAAAACCGGCCUUCCUCCCAAUUUGAGAGUCUGAUCGUCAAAUCAAAAGAUGGUAAUGAGGAAGGUCCCGCCAAAGAAUAUCCAGCUUCAACCCAAAACUCAGAUGAGACAAAUGAGUCGUUUUUCACACCGACGGAAAACAAUGGAAACAAUGUUUUGAAACUGCGAAAGAUCAUGGAGGAGCUUUUGUCCACGGAGAGGGAAUACGUAAAUGCUCUGGGCUAUGUUCGGGAGCACUACUUCCCCGAGUUGGAGAGGAGCGACGUCCCACAGGACCUCCGGGGUCAGAAGGGGAGCGUCUUUGGUAACCUGGAAAAACUGCAUGACUUCCACCGCCAUCAUUUCUUGAGUGAGCUGCAGAACUGCGUGAACGAACCCUUUCGGGUGGGACGCUGCUUCCUACGACACAGAGAAAACUUUGCUUUGUAUGCCCUUUACAGCAAAAACAAACCGCAGUCUGAUAGUCUUCUCAUCAAUCACGGAAAGGCUUUCUUCAAGCAAAAACAGCUGAAUCUCAGGGACAAAAUGGACCUGUGGUCUUACUUACUGAAACCAGUGCAACGGAUCAGUAAGUACAGCCUGCUGCUACAAGACAUGAUGAGGGAAUGUGCGCCCGGACAAGUCAGAGAGCUGGCUGAACUCAAAGCUGCCUUGGAGGUCGUUCACUUCCAGCUCAGGCAUGGCAACAAUCUGCUGGCCAUGGAUGCCAUCCACCAAUGUGACGUUAAUCUCAAGGAGCAAGGGCAGUUAAUUCGCCAGGAUGAGUUCUCUGUAACAUUCAGGAAGAAAAAAUUUUCCCGUCAUAUUUUCCUCUUUCAAGAACUCAUCCUCUUUAGCAAGACCAGGAAGACAGAUGUGGGGAAUGAUACGUACGUCUACAAGCAGUCAUUCAAGACGUCAGACGUUGGCAUGACCCAGAACACUGGCGACACAGGCCUUUGCUUUGAGAUUUGGUUCCGAAAGCGGAAAACCCAGGACACGUACACACUUCAAGCAUUUAGCCGGGAAGUGAAGGAGGCUUGGACCAAGGACCUGGAACGGAUCCUCUGGGAUCAGGCGCUACACAACCGAGAGAUCCGUAUGCAAGAGAGAGUCUUUAUGGGAAUUGGAAACAAACCCUUCAUGGACAUCCAACCAAGUGAGGCGGCUAUCAGUGACAGAGCUGUUGACUGUGGGCUGAUGGGAAGAGAAAACAAGGUGCUGCCCCAUGUCGGACCAUAUGGGCCACACAACGGUCAUCCUGGGGCCCAAACUAAAUCUGCGGUGUCACGGAGAACUUCAUCCUCCUCCUCUUCCUCAGGACUGGGCUCCGUGUCCCUGACAGCGUAUUUCGGUGGGCCAAAGCAGAAGGCGUUAAUAAGUGGCUUCGAAGGAUACGUGUCAGCGGCAGGGGUUCUAGAGCAGGACGACCUCGACCCUGAGAGUGGGAGUCACAACUUAUUGUUGGACAGCUCGGAGUCUUCAGGAGAAAGUGUCAGCGGCCUCAGCAGCUGCGCUCGCAGUUAUCGCUCCGUUCCGGAAAGGGAGGCUGAGGACGCAUCUACAGUCUGCACCCCCGCCACUACUGUCAGGGAUACGGCGGGAUCCAUUCCAACUGGAGCGUGCAGAUCCUCCGAACAAAGCCGAGCAGCAGUUGCACUUCAGGCCAAGAAUCCGCUCUGUGCUAAGAACUCAAAUGUUGGCAAGUCCACUGAGGUUUGAACUCUCACACGAGAUUGAGAGUACCCAAGAGGGCCAUGAUCAUUUUUAGCAAGAGAUAACACAUUCAAUCACUCUGUAUAAUAUUGUACAGAUUGUUUUUUUUAAACCUCUAAUCACACUUUUAGCAUUGAUCAGUUAUCAAAUAUGCAUUUGGCACAGCUUUGUAUCGAUGGAAGUUAACCCACUUAAACGAUAUUCGAGUUUGUUUAUUCUCAGUUAGCGCAAAAUAAAACAACCACUGAAGAAUGCAGUGGAAUAAUAAUAAUACAGACAUGACUCACUGUCUGCGUCUCUAAAUAACAGUUUGAGGGUACAAUUACGGAUUGUUACAAAGACGUGUCAUUGUAUUAUUGGAUCUUUUGUACAUAUGUAUCCGCUUCAUGUAAGCACAAUGUGUAUUUUCAACACUAAUGUUACUGAUGUUAAGAGUCGUACGCCUUUCUGUUUGAUUUGUUAGCUUUUUUUUUAUUUGCACCUCAUAUUUUUCUAAUAAUAAAUCAAAUCUACAAAACACAACCAGAAUAGCCA